ACUGAUCUUUUGAAUGUGGAUCUUCUUAAGAAAGAACUCCAGGGCUUCAUUGAUGGUUCUGUGCACAAGAGCUAUUUAUUACCAAUAAAUAAUCUUGAAGGACCACAACUGGAAUUUGCCAGAACACUGUCAUGGAUGAAAUACAACACAAUGGAAGACUACAAGAAGUUGUUUUCAAGACUUGAAGCAUUUCCUACUCAGGUAUCUGAACUAAUCUCUUUACUGAAGAAAGGAAUCGAAACAGGAUAUGUACCUCCCAAAGUCACAGUG